ACGACUCUCACACAACAACAUGGGUAAGGUCCACGGUGGUCUCGCGCGUGCCGGCAAGGUCAAGAACCAGACUCCCAAGGUGGAGCCCACUGAGAAGACCAAGCCGAAGACUGGCCGUGCCAAGAAGCGCGAGCUCUACACCAAGCGGUUCAUCAACAAGUCGGACGACCGCCGCUCGCCCAACUCGAACUCGUAAAGAAGGUCAUGCUGGCUGGUUGAUAAACACCAUACGCAGUGU